UUUCGGAUUAGAUUAGACAGCAUACUGUACUGAGUACGCGUCAGCUCAUGACGUCUUGGCCUGCACGUACAUGUACAUUAAUUAAUUAAACGUUAGCCGUGACACUUGUUUCUGUGAUAGCCAGUGGAAGACGACGAUAAAUUGUUGCCUGUGCUAGCAUGGGGAAUUGCUGCAGCAUUUUCUCGUCCAUCUGCCGUUUGAAGCGUACUACUGGACAUGAGGAUGAGUGGCCACAUCAAAACCCAGGAUCAGGACAGGCUACCCGGAGCUCGAAACUGACGGAGAAGCCGCCGCCGCCGCCGCUACCGUCCCUAAGCUCCACAGAGGAGCACGCCGACGCCAGUGGGCCCUCGGGCACAGGAGCUGCGGCGCAUGACGUCAUGAGGCAAAACCAGAUGAGCGCACCAGUCGUGGGAGCGCAAGCAGCUACCCCCAGGACCGUCAACAAGCUACGCAGUAAGUUACCCGCAAACAGCCCAAUGGAAGGAAAUGCUCCCCAGUUUAAGACGAAGAAGGGAAGAAGAUUCAGAAAGCUAACUUUCAGCGGGUCUUCAAGUGCACUUUCGAAUUCUGACGAGCCGCAAAAGGGUGACAAGGAAAUAGAGCUUUCCAGGAAUGUCCCUGUGCAUGGUUAUGAAGAAGAGGACCCACCUCGCCAGUAUACUUCACGAGGAACGCUUGAAGCUCAGAGCUCGUUUGGAGCUGAUUGGGCGAAUGAUGAACUGAGCACAUCUGGACUCUUAAAAACCCGAAAGCGAUCAUCAGAACUUGAUGAAGGCCACCACUUGGACAUGCCAAUCGCGAACGAUCCCCCAAUUGGACGCGGGCGACGUUACCUCCCGGAGGAAAGUGCCGCGUUCACAAUCGCCAAUAGUCUCACGCAGGAUAGUAAUACCACUGCUGAUCAAGAGCCUAGCUCUCGUGCCCGGCAUGAAGUCCCAUCCCAGGCAGACAAGGCCAUGAAAGCCAGCACGCCGAGUACAAAUCCUCCUAGAACCCGUCGGGGCGGGUUAACGAAAGGGAUACGAAAGCAGGUGUCCAAACCUUUCAGCAAGCUCCGAAUGAAAAGCCCAACCACCCAACAGGACAUUGUGGACGCAGGUGGCCAACAUACCACUGCGAGAGGCCUGGCCGAUUCGGUGGGUGACAGCGAACAACUGCAGGCACCACCUGUUCUGAACCCGGGAACGGAAAAGGCCCUGAACUUGUUCAAGGAUAAGGCCAACUAUCCUAUUUCAGAAAGCUUUGCCAAUCAAAUGUUUGCCGAAGAGGCUAAACGGUUAGAAUAGGACACAUACACACACACACACACACUUGCACGCACACACACGCACGGACAUACACACACACAUCUCCUGCUGCUAGAUAUGGCUAGACUUGAAAAUUAUGUUCCCCCUAAGAGUCUGUCUUGAGCAAACGUAUAAUUCUCGCCUUGGCACUCAUCUGGUCCGUUAGUUCCUUGUGGACUGCCCUAUGCUGGAUUAGACGGCCUUCGGAGGAGAGGAGACGUCAUUCAGCAGGAGAUUUCCUGAUCGUCUUAUUCUCGGCGUUGAGAAAAUGUUUUUUUAAAUGUAUUUUACUGAUUUCUGUGCUGUGCUUUCCGAAUUGCCUUCCCUAGGAAAAUUGAGCGGUUCUCGUUCGUGGCGAUUUGAUUGUAUCAGGGACAGAAAAUUGUUUUGUCUGAUCGCACCUUCAU